ACAACCGCCGGCCAGGCGGGCGCUGGAAACCGCACGAGGACGCUCCCGAAGCCGGCCGCCAGAGGGCGCGACAAGAGCCGGCGCGGCGGAGCCGGAGGAGGGAGGAGGGGAGCCGGCGGAGAAGGGUCAGCCGCGGCGGCAGGGGCGGCAGCGGUAGCGGCGCAGCUCCGCUCCCCGCGCGCCUCCCGUCCCCGCGCUCCAGCCGGGCGCACGGUCCCCGCCGCCGGGAUGUUGUCGUCCGCCGGCCGCGGCCGCCGCCGCCUCGCACUCCCAGCGCUGCUCUCGCUCCUCACCUGCUCCCUGGCCUUUGCUUUGGUUUCUGAAGAUAUAAAGAAAGAGGUCAAGCAAUCUAAGAAUUUGGAGAAAGGUGUUAUCUCAAGGAAGAGUGACACAGAUUUAAAAGGAAUUGUAUUUGUCAUCCAGAGUCAAAGUAAUUCUUUUCAUGCAAAGAGAGCAGAACAGUUAAGACAAAGCAUCUUAAAGCAAGCUGCAAAUCUUACACAGGAGCUCCCCAGAGUCCUUCUUCUUCAUCAGCUGUCUAAGCAGGAGGGUGCAUGGACCAUACUUCCAUUGCUACCACACUUUUCUGUAACGUAUAGCAGAAAUUCAUCAUGGAUUUUCUUCUGUGAAGAAGAGACAAGAAUACAAAUUCCAGAACUCUUAGAAACACUCAGAAGAUAUGACCCAUCCAAGGAAUGGUUUUUAGGAAAAGCAUUACAUGAUGAAGAAUCUACAAUAAUUCACCAUUAUGCCUUUUCUGAGAAUCCUACCACUUUUAAAUAUCCAGACUUUGCUGCUGGCUGGGCUCUUAGUAUUCCACUUGUAAACAAGCUUACCAAGAGGUUAAGGAGUGAAUCUCUGAAAUCCGACUUUACAAUAGAUUUAAAACACGAGAUUGCCCUCUACAUCUGGGACAAAGGGGAUGGGCAUCCCCUUACGCCAGUGCCUGAGUUUUGUACAGAUGCUGGGAACUCCCACUGUGCUACCACAUUCCAUUCUUUUCUACCACUUUGUGGAAAUCCAGUGAAGAAAGAGGAUAUAUUUUUUGCAGUCAAAACAUGCAAGAAAUUUCAUGGUGAUAGAAUCCCCAUUGUAAAGCAGACCUGGGCGGGACAGGCAAGUCUCAUUGAAUACUACAGUGAUCACGCAGAAAGUUCUAUUCCUACAGUAGAUCUGGGGAUUCCUAAUACAGAUAGAGGUCAUUGUGGAAAGACAUUUGCCAUUUUGGAAAGAUUUUUGAAUCACAGCCAUGACAAAAUAGCAUGGUUAGUCAUUGUGGAUGAUGACACGUUAAUAAGCAUCUCCAGGCUCCAGCACUUGCUUAGCUGUUACGACUCCAGCGAACCACUGUUUCUGGGAGAGCGUUAUGGCUACGGCCUGGGCACUGGUGGCUACAGCUACAUCACAGGAGGAGGAGGAAUGGUCUUCAGCAGAGAAGCCAUCAGGAGACUUCUCGCCAGUAAGUGUCGCUGCUACAGCAAUGAUGCUCCCGACGACAUGGUCCUGGGGAUGUGCUUUGGUGGGUUGGGAAUCCCUGUGACACACAGCCCUCUCUUCCAUCAGGCCCGGCCCGUGGAUUAUCCUAGGGACUACCUUUCUCACCAGGUUCCCAUAUCUUUUCAUAAACACUGGAACAUUGAUCCGGUAAAGGUAUAUUUCACGUGGCUGGCACCCAGUGAGGAAGACAAAGCCAGACAGGAGACACAGAGAGGCUUUAAGGAAGAGUUAUAACGUGUGCCAGCCUGUUGCACAUUGGGUAAUGAGAAGGAGUGGAGGCGGGCAUAGUCCUGCGAGCUGGGAUCACACUGCUUCCACGUGCCACAUGGCCUUGGGAGCCUCUGACUUUAGGUGGAAAUGAUGUUAUGGUAUUUUUGGAGGGGGGGAAGAAACAGAGUUACAGGGGAAAUGGAUUUUUUUUUUCUGGGAAAAAUCUCUUGCUUUUGCAUUAUGUGGUUAUUGUAAUAUACAGUGAUGACUGUGUAUUUUUCAAGCUGUGAUACAGCAGCUUUAUUACUGUCACAGAAAAAUAAAUGGUACCAGAAGUCUCCUUCCCAUUUUCUCUCUUCAUUAUAAAGUGUCAGAUGAGCAUGAGGCUGGCAAGAGAUGACUGUGUUUAUAUAUAUAUACUAUAUACAUAUAUAUAUUCUAUAUAUACUAUAUAUAUAUACACACUCUAUAUAGAAGAGGCAACAUCUGUUGAUGUGGGUAUUACCAUGAUGUGAACUUUAUAAUCAUAUUAUUAAUGAUGAAAAUUAUUCUGUAUUAAAUAUCAUUCACCAAACAUCAUAAAAGUCAAGAUAUGAAGUCCCUCAUAGUCUGUAAUCAGGGUUGUUAUGUUUUAUCUAUUUUUCUGUUUGUGCCUCAUAAAAAUAAUGAGGAGUCUUCUACUAGAGCUUUCUGUUUCUUUCUUUAGAGGUUUAUCUCUGUUCUAUUUCUCCCUGAAGCCCUAUCUUUAUGACCUACUUGUAACACAAAAGUAUACUGGAUACUGCCAGAAAAUAGUGUACUCAAUAUUUAAAAACAAUGUUGUCGGGCUUUAUUCAAGUCCGUGAGCUCUGUGUAAGUCUCAGGAAGUGAAUUAAAUUAAUUUGUACCUGAUGUUUUACUCUUAUUUUUCUUUGAAUGUUACUUAAUGACUCUCUCCUGGCUCAUAACAGACCCCUCAGUGUACCGUGAAACCCUGGUGGAAAGGCAGCAUGGCGAUUUAGUAAUUUCCCUAGGUUCUUACAGAAUGAGAUUUGAACAUAGUAUUUUGAAACAGCUCUAGUUUUCAAAUCAUAUCUUUAAUAUCUAUUAAUUUAACACAUUCAUUAUUAAUUUAUAAAAAGUACUCUGUGUGUUAACAUUUUAAUUAUAUAAUUCAUGUUUUCUAAGGGUGUUUGCAUAAAAUUUCAUUUUGAUAUGUCUGAAGCUAAUUUCAGUCUAGUAAAAUACUUUCCUCUUUUUUUUAAAAAAUAAAAAUUGCUGUUCAUUAACUUUGCUUGUAAGGCUUUUUAUAGCCAAGCACAGGGUUUUAAAAGCCAUACCACCAAAAGUACCCAUGUGUGUUUUUUAACAAUACAUUUCCUUGUAGCUUAGCUUGGACUCAUUUCCAAAAUGAUGCAAUAGUAUUUUUUUACUGUUUUCCAAAUUAGCAACUACCAGAACUGGUAUGUUUUCAGUGGUAACUGAAUGCACUAGAUUCAUUUUUGUGAAAGUGGAUGUGGUGGCCUGUCCAAGGACUGGAUCAGGUAUGAGCAGCUGGAUAAAAGCACCCUAAGGGUCUAUAGAUCCUGUCAAACUGGUGGUGGCGACAUCAGAGUCGUUGUCAGAGCUGGGAUUACGGUCCUUGCUAUCAUCACAGUCACCUUCGUGUUAUCUGUGAUCAAUACCCUUGGGGAGCCUGGCUGCCUGACCCAGUGGGGAAGAGGCUUUGGUUCUUCCUCCUCCUGCCUCCCAAUUGUUAUACUUUCAAUAUGGUGUAUUCAUUUAACAGGACCAGACAGGCAUCUCUAAGUGAAGAUCCACAAGUUUUCAGUGCCUUCUACUGAUACCAGAGUACCUCCUCUGGUACUUACUGGUGUUUUGUUGAUUAUGUUUACUUUUUGGAACUAUGUAAACCUAACCACAAAUAAAAGAUGUUUGCCUAAGUUA